AUGGAAACUCCCAAACAGACUGUUUUCCAACAGAAAACCAUUCUAAUUGCUCUGUGUACAACCAGUUUCGUCGUAUCUAUCGAUACCUUCAUCAUGACCAACGCACUCCCAACGAUAGCAAAAGACUUUGGUAUAUCCAACGCCGGAUAUGCUUGGAUCGGAUCUGCAUACAUGCUGAGUUUUGGGGCCGCACUCCCAAUGUGGGCUAAUUUCAGCAAUAUAUGUGGACGGAGAGCUGUACUCAUCACAACGGCUACAAUAUUUCUCAUUGGCACAAUCGUGGCCGGAUUAUCGAGAAGCAAUGCUGCUUUAAUUGCUGGUCGUGCUGUGCAGGGUAUUGGAGCAGGAGGCUUGUCUGUCCUCGCAAACAUUGUCGUGGGUGACGUAUUCACUGUCAGGGAACGCAGUGUCUACUUUGGGAUUGUUGGCUGUGUGGCUGGGGUUGCUUCUUCUGCUGGACCGACAGUGGGAGGGAUAUUGUCCCAAGUUGCGAGCUGGCGCUGGGUCUUCUGGAUAAACCUACCAUUCAUCGGCAUCGCCCUUUUCGUUCUGGUGCUAUUCCUCAGACUAAAAACGGACCACGCCCCGGUCAUCUCGGGGUUACAAGAGAUCGAUUGGGCCGGGAUUCUCAGCAUCAUCGGCGCAACACUUAUGUUCCUCAUCGGCCUACAAAUGGGUGGAACAAUAGCUCCGUGGAACUCGAUACGUGUCAUACUCUUGAUCCUAUUCGGCAUCAUCGCUUACACAAUGUUUGUGGUCAUCGAAUGGAAAGUUGCGAAGAGGCCGUUAAUGCCCCUCAAAUUGUUCACUCGGGUUUCAUAUCUUGCUAUCUUUGGAGUCAACAUCUCUCAAUCGUUCAUCACGACAGGAUGCACUUAUUUCUUGCCUCUUUAUUUUCAGAUUGUUCUGGGUGCUUCCCCGAUCAUGUCAGGAGUUUAUUUCCUACCAACUACUCUGGUCCUAGCCUUGUCCUUCGUAUUCGUCGGUCACAUCGUUAAGCGGUCUGGUGAGUACAAACUCUUAGUUCAAGUGGGAGCUUGUGCACUCGUCGUGAGUACUGGGCUGUUCAUCCAUCUUGGGUCUCAUCUAGACUGGCCGGCGAUGAUCAUCGGACAGAUACUGGUGGCAUGCGGACUUGGCCUUACAUACAGGGCACCCCUGAUUGCCCUUCAUGCUCAACUGGAGGAGGAGGAUGUUGCGAACGGGACAGCUACUUUCCAGCUUUUAAAGACGUUGAGUCAGACAAUCAGCGUCAUCCUUGGUCAAGUCAUCUUUCAAGCCAAAGUUCAAAAACAGAUAUCAUCAUUAGGUGGCCUUGAUCUAGCACCCGGUUUCCUCUUGGCGCUGAGUUCUGGAAAUACCAUCUCGGUCAGUUCAUCGAUUGCGAGUAUGGGAAUAGAACAGCAGGGAGCUGUUCGGGGUGUCCUCGCAGCAGCAUUCAGUGAGAUGUGGAUAUUCUAUCUGUUGAUUGCUUUCGGAGGUUUUGUAUCUAGUUUCUAUAUUGCGAAGGCCAAGUUCUAG